AUGGAGAGCCAGCCCGCCCCGCAGCAGGGCGAACUCAACUGGCGCCUCAGCAGCCACCCCAUCACUCUCCUCUCCUUCCUCGCUUUCCGCAUUGCAAGCCCGCUCGUCUACAUUCUGGGCAUGUGGUUCACCAAGAACUUUGUCCUUGUCUUCAUCGUCACAAUCGUCCUCCUUGCCGCCGACUUCUACUACCUGAAGAAUAUUGCUGGGCGCCGACUGGUGGGGCUGCGCUGGUGGAACGAGGUGGACACGACCACGGGCGAUGGCCGUUGGGUCUUCGAAAGUGCCGACCCCGAGACUCGCCAGAUCAGCGCCACCGACAAGCGCUUCUUCUGGCUGAGCUUGUACGUCCAGCCCGCGCUGUGGAUCGCACUUGCCAUCGUUGCCAUCAUCAAGUUUGAAUUCAUCUGGUUGACCCUGGUUGUCAUUGCCCUCGUCCUCACCAUUACGAACACUCUGGCCUUCUCGCGGUGCGACAAGUUCAGCCAGGCCACCAACUUCGCUGGAAACGCGCUGUACUCGGGUGGAAUUGCGAAGAGCAUUGCGAGCAACAUGCAAGAGCCUGAAGAGAAUGGAGGGCGGAAAAUGUACGACUAUGGAAUUCAGACACCUUCCGAGUUGACCUCGGACCCAUUCAAUGUCUUCACCGAGCCCCGUCCCGGGCAUGUUGCAAUUGCGUGA